CCAUCUCGCCCGGAUUCCAGCAUAAGCACUAGCACAAGUAUGAGCACCGCCGGCGGUAUAUUCUCCUUCUCUCGCCUCGGACGGCAGCCAUCAGCACAGCCAAGCCCGAUGCAAACCGAGAGAGCCUUCGACGCUAUCGUUCUAUUCCUGCCUAGCAAUUGGCUCGCUAUAGCCGGUGCCAGUGCAGGCACAAGCGACUUCGAGAUGCGCGCCAAUGCGUCGCAUGCGCUGAUGAAGCUUGCAAUCUUGGUUAGUACGCUGUCGGCCCCUUUCUUGGUAGGCAAGCGGGAGCAAGAGGCUAUCAGGGCCGGUAUGAGUGCUGGCGGUGUGAGCGCCGGUGGGAUCGACGACCGAAGGAGGAGCGGCGAGUCGAGCGUAUCUAGUCUUCUCAGGCAUGACCACGACUCUCCCGGCGAGAAACGCGGCAUGCUUGGGAUCCUCCGGCCGAAAAUGCGCAAGCUCUCCGCCUCGUCGUCUACGUGUCGUCGGCCACCACCGCUACAGCUGACGCGCUCAGUAUCCAACAACUCGGCCAUAAGUACCGCAGCAAGCGGGAGCGCGCUGACCAAUUCCCUUUCCUACGAUUUCUCUGCAUCACGCCCCCUUAACAGGCUCCGUCUCCCCGCUCAGCUGGUACACGUCCUCCCCGCAGGGCUGGACAUGCAGACGCAGGCGACCCUCGCCCGCUCGCUUGACGGGUUCCUUGCCUCCUUCUCUUUCCCCCUACCUGCUUCCUCAGCCAGAGAAGCCCCAGACUCGCCAGGAGGCCUGGCCCUGCGUACCGUUCACACCUGCCUCCUCCCGCUCGGCGCCCUCUCAGACCCCCUCCCCCUUCCAGUAACAAGCGCGAUCCGGCUCGUCCAAGCCGAGCAGAAGUUUUCCCCUCUUGAGCUGCUCGUCGCCGGCUGUCUGCUGCCCCCGGUAGGGCGAACGACCCGGUGGCUCCCCUCCCUCCACCCCCCCGACACUAUCCUCUCACACAACUCGAAUUCCGCCCUUUCACCUAGUCCGACGCUUAGUCUUUCCCCUAUCCCUUCGGCCUCUAUCCGUACCCCUCCCACAGGGUCGACGGAUAACGAGCCCAGUCCGCUGCUGAGCCCCUCCAACCCCCUGGCAAGGCUGACCAUACCCAUCCGGAGUCAUGUGCUCCAUUCCCGCGCUGAGGAGAUGGGGAAACACAGGAGUGGGCACAGGGACAGGCGCGGCUGGAUGGGAAGGGACGAGGAUGGUGUCAUGCCCCAGCCUGAUGAGAGCAGGGGGUCGUGGGACGGUGGAAAGGAGCGAGGGGUUGGGAAGAAGGAGGAGCCGGAGGAAGUGAAGACGCCUUCUACGGGUGGGAGCGUCGCUACGGUCAGGAAGCGUAGGUGGGGAAGACAGUACUGAUCGCCUUGUGGAGGGAGCUUCCGUCGGUGGUUGUUGUAUCACUAUGCCUUUCCUCUUCG